AUGGGGAUAUCCAGGUGCCUUUGGGCAUCGAUAUGUGCCCUUCUCAUAAUAAACGUCUGCCUUCAGGCACAAGCGGCAAAGCAAAAAUCUUCAGCUGGAAUCAACCAAAAGGUGGCAUCAGGAUCAGCUUCUUCGGAUCAAACAAGUGGUCAAGUCAAAUCAGAUGAAAAAUAUGAUCAGUUCAAUCGUAAUUACAAAGCCGCUGAUCUGGAUGACAGUUUAUCUGACGUUAUUCCCCCAGAUGAGGAACUCAGCAAGGAAUCUUUGUCUGUUGAGGUCGUAAAGCAGAUAAACUCCAAGAAAGAUUCCAGUGUGGCAGACAACACAUGGUACUACACUCAGAGGAAUAACUAUGAUAAGAGUGCUGAGAAAAAAUCAAUGGUCACCUUCAUUGCUCCAACAGCUACUCCAGUUCUAAAAAGUGUUGUCUCUGCUCAUAAUGGGCAAGUCUGUAGCACCUGGGGUAACUAUUACUUUAAGACCUUUGAUGGAGACAUCUUCUACUAUCCUGGAAAUUGUAACUAUGUGUUCACUUCAAACUGCAAGAGCAAUUAUGAGGAAUUCAACAUCCAGAUCAGACGGUCAGUUGUGAGGGGUCUGCCCAAAAUCAGCCACAUAACUAUGAAGAUUGAUGGAGUUUCUGUGGCACUCUCCAGUGGAAAUGUUGCAUUUAAUGGACAACAGGUUGACCUACCUUACAGUUUCUCAGGAAUCCAAAUUCUUAGAAGUGGUAUCUACAUCAGAGUCAAUGCUAAACUUGGCCUGCAAUUCAUGUGGAAUGAGGAUGAUGCAGUUUUGUUGGAGCUUGACAAAAAAUUUAGCAAUCAGACUUGUGGUCUAUGUGGGGACUUCAAUGGCAUUCCUGUUUACAACGAGUUUAUUUCUAACAAUGCUAAAAUGACUCAUAUUCAGUAUGGAAACAUGCAGAAGUUAAAUGGACCAACAGAAAUGUGUCAGGACCUGACAAUCCAGCCCCAGAACAACUGCACUGACUCUAGGAGACUUUGUGAAGUGAUCUUGACCGGUUCUGCUUUUUCAUCCUGCAAUCGUCUGGUGGACCCUACAUUAUACAUUGACGCUUGUGUACAAGAUUUGUGCCGAUGUGCACAAAACGCAACUGGCUUCUGCCUUUGUAAUACCUUUACUGAAUAUUCCCGGCAGUGUGCUCAUGCUGGAGGAACACCCAAUAAUUGGAGAACUUCUAAGCUGUGCCCUCUACAAUGUAAUUACAAUCUUGAAUACAAGGAAUGUGGAAGUCCAUGCCCCAAUACUUGUUCCAACCCUGACCGCUCAUCAGUCUGUGACAGCCAUUGUAUUGAUGGAUGCUUUUGCCCUUCAGGUACUGUUUUUGAUGACAUCAACAACAGCGGUUGUAUUGCCAAGCAGCAGUGCUCAUGUACUUACAAUGGACAGGCCUAUUCAUCAGGCACUGGAUAUUCAGUUAAAUGUCAGUCUUGCACUUGUAAUGAAGGAAAAUGGAAAUGUGUAGAAAACAACUGCCCUGGAUCUUGUUCCAUUGAAGGGGGAUCUCAUAUCACUUCUUUUGAUAGUACACAUUAUGAUUUCCAUGGCGAUUGCUCUUAUGUCAUCUCCAAGACAUGUGGAAGCCAGGCAUUCAGUGUUCUGGCAGAAAUAUUAAAUUGUGGUCUUACUAACACUGAAUCAUGCUUGAAGAGUGUUACCCUGAGUCUUGAUGAUGGAAAAGACUUCAUCUACAUUAAACCAUGUGGCAGUGUCUACGUAAAUUCAUUGUUCACUCAGCUUCCCAUCUCAUCGGGUAAUGUCACCAUUUUUAAACCAUCUACAUUUUACAUCAUUGUACAAACUAAGAUUGGAGUUCAACUUCAGAUCCAGCUUGUACCCACUAUGCAGCUGUACGUCAAACUGGACCCAUCCUACAAAAGUCAAGUGUGUGGUCUCUGCGGUAACUAUAACAGUGUUCAAGCUGAUGAUUUCCAAGUACUGAGUGGAGUCAUUGAAGGAACUGGAUCAUCAUUUGCGAAUACAUGGAAGACCCAAGCCAGUUGUCCUAAUGUUGUCUCAAGUUAUGAAAAUCCAUGCUCUCUUAGCAUUGAAAAUGAGAACUACGCUACACACUGGUGCUCAAUGAUAAGUGACCCUAAUGGACCUUUUGCAGACUGCCAUGUCAGUGUUAAUCCAGCCACCUACCAAUCGAACUGUAUGUAUGACUCAUGUAACUGCGCCAAGAGUGAGGCGUGCAUGUGUGCUGCCCUGUCCUCCUAUGUAACUGCAUGUGCCAAAGAUGGAAUUUAUCUCAAAGGAUGGAGAAAAAAUGUCUGCCAACUGUACACAACAUCAUGUCCCAAGACCAUGACCUACAGCUACUUUGUCAGUUCAUGCCAAACCACCUGCCGCUCACUUAGUAAGGCUGACAUUACUUGUGGUAUCUCCUUUGUCCCGGUUGAUGGAUGUAUUUGUCAGAAUGGAACCUACCUGGAUGACAGCGGUAGAUGUGUGCUACAGUCUUCUUGUCCUUGCUAUUACAAGGGUACUGCAGUGCCCCCAGGCGAAGUAGUCCAUGACAAUGGAGCUAUGUGCACAUGCUCAAACGGAAAACUAGACUGUAUUGGACAGAAAACACCAACGCAAAGUUGUGCUGCCCCCAUGGUCUACUUUGACUGCACUAACACAUCUGCAGGCACAAAAGGAUCUGAGUGCCAAAAGAGUUGCCAAACACUUGACAUGAACUGCUACAGUGCACAGUGUGUGUCUGGCUGCGUUUGUCCAAAUGGACUGAUAGCUGAUGGAAAUGGAGGUUGUGUGAGAGAGAAUCAGUGUCCAUGUAUACACAAUAACAAGCCCUAUAUGCCAGGAGAAUCGAUCAAGGUCUCAUGUAACACUUGCACUUGCAAAAACAGAAACUGGGAAUGCUCUGAUGACCUCUGUAUGGGCACUUGUGCUGUGUAUGGAGACGGUCACUACUUCACUUUUGACAGCAAAUCAUAUGUCUUUAAUGGAGACUGUAAAUAUACUUUAGCUCAGGACUACUGCACUAGUGACCCUAAUAAUGGAACUUUCCGUGUUAUAAUUGAGAGCAUCCCAUGUGGUACCACAGGAACUACUUGUUCUAAAGCCAUCAAUGUUUUUCUUGGGAACUAUGAACUAAUACUGAGUGAAGAUAAAUUGGAGGUUGUCAAACAGAAUCAAGGAAUAUAUAUACCAUACAAAGUGCACCAGAUGGGUAUCUAUAUGGUGAUUGAAGCCCUCAAUGGACUGGUGCUGGUCUGGGACAAGAGAACUAGUAUAUAUAUAAAGCUUGAACCAAGCUUCCAUGGCAAGGUUUGUGGUCUUUGUGGUAAUUACGACGGAAAUUUUGUCAAUGACUAUAAAACCAGAAGCCAAGCUGUGGUUGGAGAUGUUUUGGAAUUUGGUAACAGCUGGAAACUGUCUCCCAGUUGCUUGGAUGCUGUAGAUGUGGCAGACUCCUGUUCAUCAAAUCCCUACAGGAAGGCAUGGUCUCAGAAACAAUGUAGCAUCAUCACCAGCAACACAUUCUCAAGUUGUCACUCACAAGUAAACCCACUCAAAUAUUACCAUGCUUGUGUCAAUGAUGCUUGUGCCUGUGAUACCGGGGGAGAUUGUGAGUGUUUCUGUACUGCAGUUGCCGCUUAUGCCCAAGCUUGUAGUGAAGCAGGAUCAUGUGUAAGAUGGAGAACCCCAACAAUGUGCCCUAUUUUCUGUGAUUACUACAAUCUUCAAGGACACUGUGAGUGGCAUUAUAAAGCAUGUGGAGCUCAAUGCAUGAAAACCUGCAGGAACCCACGUGGAAUCUGUUACCAUAACUUGCUAGGCUUGGAAGGAUGCUACCCCAAGUGCCCACCUGAAAGACCCUAUUUUGAUGAAGACAACAUGGAAUGUAGAGAAGCAUGUCCUUGCUAUUCACUUAAUGGAACAGAAUAUUCUUUUGGUCAAAAGAUGCCUCCAGAGAAUAAUGAAGAUAUCUGCACAACAUGCCUGAUUUGUCUCAUCGUGGGCCAACACAGGCCUUUGCCAAGAGCUUACCAGAACAUGCACAUGGCAGAUAUUACCAAAAAUUCUUGGAGUUUUAAAGAAGUUGUCCCAACUCGUCAUCUUGCUUUAUCUAGGAAUCUCCUGUUUGAGGCAGCCAGAAGUGGUGGGAAAACCCAAAAGUACCCAAAGCAGGAAAAACAUGAAGUAGUCUAG